AUGGAUUCUAGUCUUUUUGCCAAGGCCACUUCAGCCAGUAUAGCCCAUAAUGUUGGAGUCACUUUACAAGAUAUUAAAGUGAUUGAAAAAGAAACAAGAAAACAGGCAAGCAGCCACCGCUGGUUCUUAGAAAGGUCAAAGCGACUGACAUCAUCCCUUUUUGGCAGAAUCUUAAGAAGAAGGGAAAAUGUGUUUCCAAAAUCUAUUCUUGAUCAAAUAGCUAAAAGGGGGGAUGGAACUGGGCCAAAUACAGCAGGGUUACAAUGGGGCAUUGAAAAGGAAAAGGUGGCUUUAGAAAGGUACAAAACAGAAUUCUGCCACCAAGGUAAUGUUGUUGAGUGCGGUCUGAUGAUCAAUCCUAAAUGGCCAUGGCUUGGUGCAAGCCCUGAUGGAUUGAUAAUUCAAGAUGGGAUGCUUGUAGGCGGCAUAGAGAUUAAGUGCCCUUACACAAAAAGGAACUUAACUGUUCAAGAUUCAUGCCAAGAUAAAAACUUUUUCAUGGGAGAUUCAGGAUCUGGGCCAAAUUUGAAAGAAAAGCAUCAUUAUUAUUAUCAAUGCCAAGGAAUAAUGAACAUAAUUGGCCUUUCAUGGCUAGACAUUAUUGUUUAUACUGACAUAGAUAUAUAUGUGCAACGUUUAGAAUGUGACUGUCAUUUUUGGAAAACUGUAAUGUUACCAAAGUUAGCAACAUUUUUUGAAACAUUUAUGUUGAUAUAA